ACUGCGCUGGACUGCAUGAAAAGUUACGGUUCCGCAUGGUGAUCUGCCGCUCACCACCGAAGUUUCGGGGCUGUGAUUGAUCUUCUACGCUAGCUCCUUGCCUGUUGCUUGUUCGAGGGAAGACAACCACUUCAGCUACACCCGCAUCAAGUUUUCACUAUGGCGAACCCUAAUGAAGACACAGAAUGGAACGACGUUCUCAGACAAAAGGGAAUCCUGCCCCCAAAGAAGGAAGUGGAGAAGACAUUCACCGAGGAUGAGAUAGUGAACAUCGUGGAGUCGACAGUUCAAGAAAAGCUAAAUGGAACUGAAAAAGCCAUGGAAGACAUGACCCUUGAAGAGCUUGAAGAGCUCGAGGAUGAAGAAGACGAAAGAGUGCUUCUAGAGUACAGGCAGAAGCGUAUUGCCGAGAUACAGGCUACGAUGCAAAAAUCUAGGUACGGGGAUGUGCGGGACAUCUCUGCAGAUGACUACGUGGAGCAGGUGAACAAAGCCGGUGAUGGAGUUUGGGUCGUCCUCCAUCUCUACAAACCUGGCAUUCCAUACUGCACCCUGAUUAAUCAGCAUCUCAACCAACUGGCACCAAAGUUCAGGACUACCAAGUUCCUAAGGAGUGUGUCGUCCAACUGCAUCCCAAACUACCCAGACCAGAACCUGCCGACCAUAUUUGUGUACCGUGAUGGCCAGCUGAAGAAGCAGUUCGUCGGGCCCAAUGUGUUUGGCGGCAUGAAGUUGAAAGUAGACGAGCUUGAGUGGAUGCUCGCAGAAGUAGGUGCAGUAGAAACAGACUUGGAAGAGGAUCCCAGGCCAAAAACGAGAGACGUCCUCUUGAGCACCUUGAAGGCAAACUACGAUGAAGCCAAUGACUGGUGAAGCAGACUGCUCACACAAGCCUCAAAACAUUUUUACCUCCGGACGUUCAGGUCUCUUGUGUGGCCUUACGGGACAUUGUUCCAAACUGUGGAGAUCAACUUAGCUUUUUUAAACUGCUGAUUUGUGACUGCUGAUUGUGAUUUGUUUUAGUGGAACGAGCUUUGAAUGCACACACGUGUGCACUGCUACAAACUUCAUGCUACAGCUAGCUUUGUGCGGCAUCCUUCACUUCAUGGACGAAAUUUAGAUAGCGCUGAUCAAGGUAAAAAAUAUAUUUAGACGAUCGUUCACUAUUUUAUCUCACCGCUUCUCUACAAAAUCCUACUUUUGUUUAUUUUUGUUCUUAUAUUGCGGGCAUGCUGCUUCUGUAUAAAUUAUAUGUAAGGUGAGGGAACAUUUAGCCAAAUUAAAGCUAAAUUUUUUUCUCCUGUGUGCACCAUGAAAAGUUCGUGCAUGCUGCAAACACAGAAAUAGCUGCUCUAGAAGCAGAUUUUUCCGUCUCCAAUGGCUGCUCCGAAAUGCUGGAAGGCAUUCCCAUCACUGAAAGCAGUCUGUGCUUUGCGUUAAAUAUGCACUGUCUUCCUGUCUUCUGUACAUUUCGAAUGUGACGGCCAAAUGGGCUCCAAGAUCGAGUGCACUGAUUGUAUUUUUCACAGCGGCGGCAACAUUUCGAUGGGGGUGAAAAGGAAGAAAAGUGUGUGCCGUUGCUUAAUGUUAGAGAAGUGAAGAUCAAGCAUCUUCUCUUCAAUUUCACUCUGAAACAACUGAUGCUGCGUUGUCACAAGUGUGGUGGGAGUAUGCCUACUUGGGUGACUUUCAUUGAACGGUUGCAUUGUUUCGUAACGCUGUGCAUUCUUUUGUAACACGCUGUAAUGAUUUGAAAAGUUAGCUAGAGCUUUGACCACUCAUUAUAAAAACAUAUGUUUGCACCCAUAGAUAGUAGGAAAAUCUCUGAAGCAUAUGGACUUGAAGUUAUUGAUACGUUAUCGUAGUAGAAAGUGGUGCAAUACAACAAAGGCAAGAAAGACCAAACAAAAUUGGUGCUUUGUGAUUCCUUGUUGGAUAUUUGCCUUGUGUUUUCCACUAUGGUAAUCGUUUUCUUUGGGCUUAUACUGAGGCUUAUACUUAGUGGUAGAAAAAGAGGAAGAAGGAGCCAGGGAGGUUAGUGAGAAUAGUCUCAUGUUUGCUGCGCUGCAUGUGAGUAGAAAGAUGCAGGGUGUGUGAAUGUGAAACUGAAGGCACGUUCACACCGAAUUGUGGAUGGCAUAUAUGAUGUUACAAAAAAAAAACAUGCACAAAAAGGAAUAGAGCAUGGACAGGCGCUUUCUUCUGUGAUGUUCAUGUUCUUUUGCGCAAUAUGCCAUCCACACUGUAAUAGCAACGUGCCCAACACUCGAUUCUUCUCACUGAAUGCGGAGCAUGCUAGCAGUCAAGCAAAUUUUCAAAGCGGAGAGGCAGAGAAGCCAUGCAGCUGUUUAGACCGACCAUGUUACCUUCUUCUCGUUCUGCCAUAGAUGUAAAGAAACGUGCCACCAUCUAGCAGCCCUAUGUGAUAAUGCACGCGCACGUGCUUCAGGACCCGAUUAGCUGCAGCUAAAGCGGCCAACUUUUCUGCCCGGAAUGAUUCAGUCUAGGCACAAUGCGGACAACCAGUUGUGGAUGUUAUGCUGUUGCGGAUAAUCUGCAUCUGAUUUCCAGAUCCGCUCUCGAUGUGAAGAUGCCUUAAGACAUGCGAGGAAGGAACGCCAAUUUUUCGUGCCCAGGUUUGAGGAAGUGGCAGUGCUGUCAGAAUGACCAUAAGAAAUAACAGGGAAUAUGUGUCAGUAUGUGCGGCGUUAGAAGGCGUUGAGCAUAUGAGUUAAAAAUUCUUUGUAGCUGAGCUGGUCAUGUGGUACUUGAAGUGUGAAAGGCAUUUGUGAAGGCUGGAGUGUGAAAGCACUGUAUGUUACAUCGAAUGAAAGAACUAGAGUUAUGUCAUUAGUGAUUAGUGCUGUAACAGUUAACGUGUGAUGGUUCAUGCGAACUAUUUGAGAUAAGUCAUUCAGCACUACCAUCAAUGUCAAAAUGUCAGAUUAUUAGCUUAAAAGGACACUAAAGAGGAAACUGUUUGUUUUCUCAGAUGGGUAGGUUACUUUGGCACAAUACGAAAAUCACAGCUUCUGCUUUCAGAAUAUGCUUGGCAUCUCACGAAUCGCAGAAAAUGAAAAUGUGAAUAUGCUAGUGACGAUGCCACUUAGAAGUUACCACACCUAGUCUCUGUGACAUUGAUUUUGUUGGCAUCUGCUAAGGCCUGUAUAGCAUUUGAUCUCUAAAUAUAAAGUGAAUAGGGCCGUAAUGGGGCCAAAAACUUAAAUUGCCAAGUUUCAUGGUAUCUUACUGAGACAACAUGACCAACAUGCAAAAACCAAGCACAUCCUCAAAUUUGUUAUGUCAACAUGAUGCUGCUCUGCUGAAAUUUGGCAUGGAAUUUAAAAAUAAAACUUCAAGCUUUAUUUCUUCUCUUCUAUUAAUAACUUGUGAUGGUAAAAUCAAUUACAACAGAAUUUUCAUUGAAUAAUUAAUUAGUCUCAAUUGAUUCACUCCUUUACUUUAGUGUCCCUUUAAAAAAUGUAACGAAACUUUAUAAGAAGGAAGUUUUAUCUAGCAAUCCAGCCUAAAGUGGCCUGUUUUUCAGUCAGCAUCAUUUAUUUUAUGUGCUACUUUUGCAGGAUAGCCCUAUUUAAAAUAACACACACACACACAUUUGUGCCUGCGUGAAGGGAAAGGAUACAACACUAGCUUGUUUGCUCAUAACACUUUGAACAUGAAAAUCUGAAUACUUUGGUGCAUGGCGAUAAUAGGAGUCGAGUGUAGGUUACAGUAAUCUUCAAGUUUAUUUACACAAAAGCCACUCACCUUCAGCAUUGCUGUCUGGUUCAUACAACUGUGAUUUCAGUAAGAUCAAAUUAUUCAAAUGUCCUCGUAAUCUGUGAACCUCCCAAAAGACCCUGUGACCUUUAAACACUUACUGAAGACAUGCCAAAGUACGUCAUGCCAUUCCUUGAACAUUUUUAAUGUAUUUUCCUGUGCAAGGGCCUUGGAUGGUAUUUCAUACAGUAUUUCAACGUGGUGGACAAGUAGUCACAGCCUAGAUUUGUUUGCACCAUGUGACCACAUGCUUUCUUGAUUGUGCUUUAUACUGGCCUCAUUAGAUCUUUUUGCUUCGGAUCACACGUUGUUUGGUAUUAUGUGGCUGCAAGAAACAUUUCGUCAAAUUUUUCGACAGGGUUCUCUCUUUGGGCAUAUACUAAACUGGGCAUGUUUUUUUCUAGACACUAUUGGUUGUGUAUUUGAUUGUCUUAUUUAUUGCUCUGAGAAACCAAAUAAAUAUUAUACAAAAGA